AAACAUGAAGCGCUUCUUUUCGCGCAAGAAAUUGAGAAAAUCAAAGAGUGAUUUUACGGGUGAAAAAACGGAUCCAGAACGGCAUGAACAUGAAAAUGGUGCAGCUGGUGGAGUUCCAUUACCUACUGAACCAGUUCCUAUUCCACAAUCAAAAUCAACGAAUAUAGUAAACAAUGUCUCAAACUCAUACGGAGAUGACUAUGAAGCAGUUUGCUCAUCAAUUGGGGAAGAAUCACGGAAAAAUUUUGACGCUCAAUUAGACAAGCAUAUGAUGCAAACAAUUACUGACGUUAAAUACAUGAUCAAACAUAGCAAAUACACUGCCCUUAGCGAAGUGAAUUUUCAACGAUCUUGCCUAGAUGCUCAUAAUGAGUGCAGGCAAAGAUACGGAAACGAGAAUCUUUGUUGGUCAACCGAAUUGGCUGAAAUGGCUCAUGCGUGGGCCGUGAAGUUGGCAGAUAGAGGGAGAGUAUUGUAUCCAGAGUUGCCUGGAAUUGGAGAGAAUUUAAUUUUGAAAGAGGCAAAUGAACAGUCACAUUUACCAACUGGACAAGAAGUUAUUCAAGAAUGGGAAAAAGAAGCACAGUUCUUUGAUUUCGACAAACCGCGAUGGAAUCCAAAAUGUCAACGAUUUUCACAAGUUGUUUGGAAAGAUACAACAGAACUUGGCGCUGCACGGUAUUGGAACACAGCAAAUAAUUGUGUAGCUGUUGUCUGCUUUUAUCGUCCAGCGGGAAAUUCAAAUGCACCCGGAGAAUUUGCUUCAAAUGUUCCAUCCAGAGAUUGUUCAAUGUCACCAAUUCGAAACUUGGGAACUCAACUAAAACGCCACGUCACGAUCUCAACACCAGAAAGAGCUGUUGUUUCCAAGUAGCUACUAGUUUAUUUUUUUCAAUUUGUGUAGCCAGAAACCGAAAAAGAACAUUCCGAAACGGGUUGUGCGUUUUCUUCUACUUUUCUCCCCCACUUGAUGCUUUCAUUAUAGUCAGCUUUUCUGUUUUUUUCUCUUUCAUUUCGGCACCCGGUAACUUUGUCGGUUAAUUGAUCUCUAGCUAUUACUUUCCAUUGACAAAUAAAAGAUUGCUAUGCCGAAA